GUUACACUGGUAAUCUUAUGUCAUGCGCUGUAUUUUCUGGCUUGUACUUUAAAGAAUUUGCUUUUUAUAGAAGAUGAAAUAAAUGUGGUUUCUUACACCAACAGCUGCAGACUCCUAUAGCUAAGUUAUUCCUGUUAGUCGUUUGAAAAUACGCGCACAGCUAAUUAAUUAAUGAAUUCUUAGAAAUUCUGAAGUAAAGCCUGUUGGACAACAAGGUCACCCAGUGCGGUCCUUAGCCCGCCAGGGACUUAGCGUGACCAGAGCACAGUCUUGUGUCCCGUACAGACAUGUGGUUCCCAUGGGAACCAGUGCGAAGGAGGAAAUGAAUAGGUUUUGGGCCAAAAAUACCAGCUUGAACCGACCAGUAUCUCCCCAUGUUACCAUCUACAGGUGGUCGAUCCCCAUGAUGAUGUCCAUCUCGCAUAGAGGCACGGGAAUCGCGCUUAGCACAGGUGUCUCUCUGUUUGCUGUGGGAGCCCUGGUUCUGCCUGGUGACUAUGCCCACUGUCUGGAGCUCAUCCAGUCCUUAUCUCUGGGCACACCCAUAAUCACCGGUGCCAAGUUUGUCCUUGCAUUCCCCUUCGCAUACCACACCUUCAACGGCAUCCGUCACCUGCUGUGGGAUGUGGGGAAGGGAUUCAAGAUCCCUGAGGUCUACCGCUCCGGCUAUGCCGUCCUCCUGCUCUCACUCCUUUCAUCCGCCGCCCUUGCAGCCCUCUGAAUACCCAGAAUGCACCAUGAAGAAUCAAGGGAGAGCCUUGCUGAUGGUGGAAGAUGUUUUGUUCUGAAAUGGAUGGGUUUCUCCCCUGUAAUAUAUUAAUAAAAAUCUGUAUAAACACACAGUUGCCCAAAACUCAAGGAAAAUAAACAAACUUCAAUGCUGGUAACCUAAGAAUGGUAUCACCCAUCAGUGGUAAAUUACAAAACCUGUGUCGCAGAAAAUAUAACAUAUUCAUUCUUGAUGCUGGUUGUGGGUGAAUUAUGAAACAAAGACUACUGUAAUAAAACUACAUGACAAAUAUUAA